AUGCAAGGGCAUUUACGGCUCAAAGAGGGGUUUAAUAAGGUGCAUGAGGCACAGGAGAAGCUUGAUGAGCACGAGGAGAUCGACUGGGAUUUCUGGGGAGAGAUCAUGGCCGAUUACGAGCAUGUUGCUAGGACGAAAGCAAAGCAAUUAUCCGAGGCGAUUCAGAAGGGCAUACCUGGUGCGUUGAGAGGGACAAUCUGGGAGCUGAUGUCCGCUUCGAAGGAUAUGAUGCUAGAACAGGUAUAUGCAGAGUUGCUCAAAGAGAGCAGUCCACAUGAGAAGAGUAUCCUCCGCGACCUUGGCCGGACAUUCCCAAACCACGAGUACUUCCAGGAUGUGCAGGGUAUCGGUCAGGAGAACUUGUUCAACGUCGUCAAGGCCUAUUCGCUGUAUGACCCCGAGGUAGGGUAUUGUCAGGGCAUGCCGUUCGUUGUGGCCGCUCUCCUUCUAAACAUGCCGGAUGAAGAAGCAUUCUGCGUGCUGAUACGGCUGAUGAAGUCGUAUGACCUUCGGGGUCAUUUCCUGCCCGAAAUGCCAGGUCUGCAGCUUAGGCUGUACCAAUUUGACCGACUAGUGGAGGAAUUGUUGCCCUUACUGCACCAGCAUUUCGUCCGACAGGGCGUCAAGUCCAGCAUGUACUGCAGCCAGUGGUUCCUCACACUAUUCAGUUAUCGAUUCCCUCUGGACAUGGUGUUCCGCAUAUUUGACAUCAUCUUCGCCACUGGCAUUGAAGCCAUCUUCGGUUUCGCCAUUGCACUGCUGGAGAAGAAUGAAGACGUUCUCCUCAGCCUAAAGUUCGACCAAAUCCUAGACUACAUGAAAACGGGCCUGUUCGACACCUACAAGGUGUACGAGUCUCCCGUCUCACCGUCUGAGAGGCCACCAACUCGAUAUCGAGCAGACGACUUUGUGCAAGACGCCUUCCAGGUGAAGGUCAGCCCGUUCAUGCUCGAUACAUAUGCAGCAGAAUACGAGGAGCUGCUGCGACAGCAGAACAAGCAUUUGGUCGAGAUGGACACUCUGAGGAACGUGAAUAGGCACUUGUCUGCACAAGUCAAAACACUGGAGUCGUCCUUGGCCCAGCUCAACACUGAGCACUGCGACCUCGUAAAACAAUUCGUCAUGAUCAAGCUUGAAAAAGAAGAAAUGGAGUCAGAACUCGUCAAAUACAAGAUGCUAUACGCCGAGACCAUGCUCGCUAACGAAGACGCGCGCUCGUCGAGCCGGAUAUCAUUCCUCAGUAAAAGAAGCCGUUGA